AUGGCUGAUCAUUCCAUGCCUGUUGCCUCCCAUCCCGAUGAUGACCACGACAUUCAGUACCAACAGGUUAUGACAGCCCAACUUGCUGCCAGCCCACAGGAUGCUCUGCUGCCACCAUCUGCACCGGUACAUGAUUCGAGACCUACGACGACCCCUAUGGUGAAUGGAACUGGACCACGAAGGCCUGCUGGACAGGGUCACGAAGGUGAUGAAGCUCCGAGUCAGGUAGACACUGGACUGGAACGGCCACUUUCCUUGCCAAUCGGACAACGUGCUGAGAUGGGGGAUCUGGCCCCUUCACCGCUUCCAGAACCGUCAGUGCUUGUGAAUCAACCGGAACCGGGCGCGUAUGAUGUGGCACGAACAGCGGGACGAGCAUCGAGUGAGCAGGCGACACCACUGCAAUGGAUGAUGAGACUGGGUGAUUUCUUUCAACGAAUUUCGUCGACAGCAGUGUCAGGAUCUGCUGGAACCCAACGUGCGGUUUUGCAUCAAGAGAUGCGGACAAGUUGGCCUCCGACUAAUGCCUCGAUGGAAGGAGCACCUUGGGCUACAUCAUCAACUUCGCCUUCGUUGAUGCCACCGGGCACGGCGCAACAUCUGCAGAAUGUUUCUCCGCUGCUGCAACCCCCUCGCUCUACGAAUACAACCCAGCAUGGAGCCCCUUCGGAUGGAACCUCUGAGUCCUUGCAUCGUGAGGAUGUACAAGCGGAAGUCAAAAGACAGCUGGCAGGGGUGAUGACCCAACUGCAGGAAGAGAGGCGAAAGUCCGAGGAGGCCCUGGCACAAGCGCAGGCGAUGAGGAUGCAACUGGAGAUGGAGCGAGCAGGAAGAAGUCGGACGGAUGGCUUGCAUGAUGGAAAUCCGAUGUAUGCAGUGGAUGGGAAUAAUAGCAUGGAUGGACAGCAUGUGAAAAUGGAAGGCCGAGAUGCGAGGGCGAAUGCUUUACUCCCCUCAGGCCGAGAGCUCAUGGGAGCACAGCAGGGCACCGAGCCAAUGCACGCUGGAACUGUUGGACGUUUGAAUCCGAGUGGUUCGGGCAUUGCGUUGGGAGGUGGAGAUGUUGGCUGGGCAAGUCAAGGAGACUUGCUUGGAAUUCUUGGAGGGGAGGACAAUCUCAUGGACUACCUGAGCAAUCGCAAGUACUACCUGGCUUUGGUUGGGAUCUGGUUAAUGGACCAGGUGCACAAUCUAGGGAGCCAGCAGGUCAAUUGCGAGGACUUUGUGAAGCAUAUGGGUUUAGUAGUUUGGGUGGACAAUCUCCUGGACUACCGGAGCAAUCGCAAGUACUACCUGGUCAUCACCAUAAUGAUGAGCACCGUCUACAGCAUCCGGGAAUAUCUAAUGUAUGUCAGCCUGCACCUGUACCUGUCGUACCUCCACCACCAGUUCCUGAGCCCCAACAAGGCACCGGGAAAUUCCUCAACCAGUAUGUCAUCGUCUGAAAGGGUGCUGCUGUCAAUGGCCCGAGGCAUUGAAGAGCUUCUGAACAAGAACCAAAGUGCCUCCGGUCUUAAGCAAGGUCAGCCCGAGACGGUGAAGCCGGGGGUUCAUGAUCUGCCAAAGCUUGAUGAGUAUGCCCCGGAGACUGCCGCCAUCGACCUCAUCAACUGGAUGACCCAUAUCAGCCCCAUCCUGGAGGACAUCUCAGACACGUCCGGAGCAUGGUGGGGGGAGACGUUGAGACAAGCAUCGCAGUGGUAUCAGGCCUUUGCCGCGGCUUCCCCAUUGCAACGAUUGCAAAUGAAACCUAGGGCUACCGGGCUACUUCUGAAGCCAGAAUGGUCAAGAGUGGAAAGGAGGGCGGCGGCGAUGCUCUUGUCUGCAGUUCCUGAGGCGCAACGACGAGACAUUAUCACCCAUGGAGAUGUCACGGCCUUGGGGGUGAUGUGCAGAAUUCUCACUGUGUAUCAGCCGGGCAACAAGCAAGAGAAAACGUUGAUCUUGCGGAACUUGGAGGCGCCUCCGGAAUGCCAGUCGUCUAUGCAGGCGGUAGAGGGCCUCAGGAAGUGGUUGCUGUGGCUGAAGAGGGCGAGAAGCAUUGGCAUAGUCGAGCCUGACGCCUCCAUCUUGAUGAGGGGAUUGGAUAGGCUGUCACAAGAUGUGAUUCGAGCAGAUCAUGAGCUGGCUUUUCGGGUCUCCUUGAUGAGGGCUUCCUUGCAGGUGGAUAACAACCCACAGCCACACACUGUGCUGCAGUACCACCAACACCUUUUGGCCGAAUUGGAGACCCAUGUGAGGACAAUGGCUGGCGAUGCGACGACCUCGACGACUUCACCUCCGAGAGUCAAGGGUGUUAGUGCAUCGUCGACACCGACAAACAAUGAGUCUCCUAAGAAUCAGGGCCCUCCUACGACUACACCACCCGACGUCUGCAAGUUCUAUCUCAAGGACAAGGGAUGUACCAGGGGAAACAAGUGCAGGUACAAGCACACCAUGGCGGGAUUGCCCAAGGAAGCCAAGAAGUCGAAGUGCCUGGCGUGUGGGUCGACGAGUCACCGUGUCAAAGACUGUAGCGUGCCUGGAGUCAAGCGAAAAGACAAGGACACCACAGAAGGAGGUGGCAAUCCAUCAAGCUCGUCCUCAAGCACUACCCCGGUGACGCUUCCGAAUGAAGGUGCAUCAGGGCAAGACAAGGCCGCAGCACGACCACUACGAGCCAUCACCUUUGAGCCCUCAGAGACAGCAGAAGUGAAAACCCUGAUGGAAAGAGCUUUGGACGAGAUCAAGAAGAUGCGUGUGCUGAGGAUGACUUGCGACACGAUUGGACAGGCAGUUCGUGGAGCUCUUUUGGAUUCAGGGGCCACUCAUGCUUUACGAGGGGCGACAGCGGAGGAGAGGGCUACGGCUAGAACGGUGGAUGUCGUGCUUGCUGGUGAAGGUCGGGCAUCCAUGAAGCAAACCGACGCGGGAACUCUUCUGGUGGAUGAUAAGACUCCUGGACUUCAAACCAUUGUUCCCCUGGGCCGAUUGAUAAAAUCCCUGGGGUACUCUUUGUCGUGGGAUGCAAAUGGAUGCUGGUUGGUUUGUCCGGAUGGAGCGAAAGAGGAGUUGUCACUUCGCAAUGGGUGCCCCGAGAUCGGUGAUGAAAGAGGUUUGCGAUUGAUUGAAGAGCUCGAGAACCAGGUACGUGAUGUGACCCAGGCCUCGGCGAAGAACCUCCAAGAGCAGAAGGUGAGCUGGUGGAUGGCUAUGCUGAGGUAUGUCGAGACCCGAGAGGUGAUGUGUGCUCAGGAGGCGUGGAGGAAGGCAGCGUUCCUUAAGGCGAUUUCCGAGGAGGAGAUGAUGAGCUACCACGACCUGGAGGACAUUAGCCCAUGGGAGAGAUUGAAGGGUCUUCCGGUGAAUAGACGGCGGAGGAAAAGGUUGAGUCGAUCUUCUACGUGGAUACUACGAUGGAUAUCGCACAGAGCGACUUCGAGAUCCAAUAUGGUCGUUGGAUGGAAAACAUGA